AUGACAGACAGCAUAUGUCCUAAUUGUAAAGCCUUUGCUUACUUAGAUCCAAGAACAUCAACAUCUUAUUGUAAAACAAGUUUUUGUAAUAACAUUGUCAUUGAAUUCGGAACAAUUAAUAAUCAAGAUGAUUGUAAAUUGGGUGAUCCUGAUUAACCUGGAAAUAAAUAAUCCAGAUUUGGAGGAUUUGAAAAUAAAAUUGAAGCUUAUAAAAAUAGCAUUUGUGAAAUGUUGGGAAUAAGUGAUUCUAAACAGAGAAAAAAAUUUAAUAUUAGAAUGGAAGCUGGAGAACAUCGAAUACACACUUUGAAUAAAAUUUUUAAUAUGAAUGAAGCAUUUACUAACGAUGCCCUCUAUAAAUACAGAUCCUUGAUACGUUAUCUAUAGAGUGAAGUAAAUUCUUUCUUAAAUAUUUUUAGAUUCCAAGAAAAAUCACCUUUUACGCCAUAGCUGUCUAUGCCUACUAUCUAACUAUGUAAGGAAGGAAGUCAUAUGAUUAAAGAUUAAGCAAAAUUACAUUAGAACUUAUAGCUAAAUAUUCCAAAAUUCCACCUCAAUAAAUUCAUUAAGCAAUUAGAGAUUUAAAUAAUAAUACAAAUGGCUUUGCUUUUAAAUUAGAAGAUCUAGGAUAACAAGACAUCUGCUAAUAAAUUGCACUUAAAGUCUAGAAGCACAAUCUACCAUUUAAUGAUGAUGAAAUUUUGGCCAUUAAAGAUAUCCCAAGUAGACUUAUGGAUAACAGUAUCAUUAGAGGUGAAAAAACUUCUACAAUUGCAUGGUAAUGAUUUUAUAAUAAUUGUUAGUGUUGUUGAAUACAUGGUAUCAUAAUUAUCCAGCAAUUCUGAAUUAAAUAAGUUAACAAUCGAUUAACUUGCUUAAAUGAAUGAUGUAUCAAAAGACACAGUUAAAAAAUUAUGGAAUAAAAUUAUUGAUAAUUAAUCCUCCCAAAAUCAUAUUUCCAGAUGGUAAGGAUAAAGAUCAAUAUCAGAGUUAAAACAUAUAUACUGA